AUGAUAUAUAAUUGUUGGAAACAAUAAUAAUAUCAUAAAUAAAUUCCCCCUUAAGUAAUUCAAUAUUUAAGUUAUUUUGAAACUGAUUCAAACCACAAUUUGCUGAUAUUGAUUAAGAAUAGGAAUUGCGAUAUCAUAAUAAUUAGGGUUACACUCAUAUUAAUUAGAUCCAUUAAUGUUCUAAAUUAUAAUCACAAUUUGUACAAUAUUACCUUAGAUUAAUAGUUCACUGUUCUAAAUUAAAUUGGUUAAGAAGCUGAAAAUUAUAAACAUUCAUCAUGUUCUCUUGAAAUUUUGAAUGAUACAGUUAUUGAAGUGCAGUAAUUAAUAAUUCAAUGCUAUUUAAUAUUAAUUAACUUUAAGAUAAAUUUACAAAAUUAUUUUUAUUGUUAUCUAUAUAUAUUCAUAUUUCUUAAUUAAUAUUUUAAUAAUCAAAGAAAUGAAAUAUUUUAAUGA